GCGAGAUCAGUUGUUGUGCACCGAGAACGUUAUACGAUUCACUCUCAUCAUGGACGACGUAGACGUUAAACAAGCGGCCCCCACUUCUGUGAAGGAGAUCAUUGGGAUGUUUACAGGUUUUAUGGCUGCGUAUGGAUGGUAUAUGUUGUUUGGUUUCGUCGCGCUGGUGUACUUCAGAGACGCGAUAGAGGAUCAGAUUGAAGCGUACAAACGAGCGCAGAGAAAAAAGACUGACGAGCCUGACUAUGAUGAAAAAGUGCGUCAAAACAUGAAGAGCAUUCGUGCGAAGCAGCAAGAACUUCACGAGCAGAAAGUACAGGAAGCCGCGGAGCUACGGAAGUUGCGUGAGGAAGAAGCUCGCGAGUCAAAGAUUGACGAAUACGACAGAACACUUGGCAACGGACAAGGCUUUGUAUUAGGGGAUGGAACACCAAAGCCCAAGCCGAAACCCAAAUCGAAGAAGUCUCAUGUAUCCGCUGCCAAUGGUACAUAGAUGUAAUGAUGGUGGUUACUUUCCGCUUGGGGGCGGUGGUAGUGGUGGUGGUGGCCGAUUCAGAUCCCAACGAAACGUUAGACGCGGGUGAGCUUAGUGGUCCACAUCCUGGCUCGUGAUACAAAGAUGCGUAAGGUAUGCGUAGUGAUACGUAGUCGAAAACGCAGUCUGUGCCACAUUCUAAUACACACCCGCUUAUGUGUGUAUGGAAGGAGCUGGAGAAUGUGCUAAUCAAGCGAACUAUAGUCAGCUACUCCUAACAAGGAAUACAACAAUCAUCCUGUCCUGCGCUGGACGAUCACAUCGACUGAUCUCAUGCAGGGCUGGAGAGGCCAAUGCAUCGCUGCUCUGAACGCAUGUGGAUCCCCAUGCAGAGAGGUGUUAAUUCGUCUCUCACACUUUGAGGAUAUGUUGCCAUGGGGCGGCAGAUGGUGUUUCUCUUUUGUGAUUGGUCAUUUUCAACCGGAAUAUCUCGGCGGGCAACGGGUGGGUAUACCAGACCUUCACACCUAUGACUGUGCCCAUGCUAAUUGCGAAGUCUCGCGUGCACGGAUACACGACAAUCGGAAUGCGGUAUAGAUCUGCAUGCAAUAAAAUAUAUUACUGUUUAUUAAGUAC